UACAGACACAGAAGCGAGAGAGAGAGCCACGUUAAUAUUUCCAGAAAAAUGCCUUGCCCAACAGCUUUCUCUACUUCUUCUUCAUCACUAACAAGUGUGGUGUCGAAAUGUGUUAUAGUUCCAGACCAAAAGUCCACACUCGGAGACUUGAAACUCACCGUUUCAGACCUCCCUAUGCUCUCCGUUCACUACAUCCAAAAGGGUGUGCUCUUCAAUCUCCCACCUUUUCCCAUCGAAACCCUUCUCUCCCUCCUCAAACUCGGCCUCUCUCAAGCUCUCUCUCACUUCCCACCUCUCGCCGGCCGAUUGGUCACCGACUCCAACGGCCACGUGUACAUCACAUGCAACGAUGCCGGAGCCGAGUUCUUCCACGUCACCGCCAACGGUAAUUUAUUCGUUAGCGACGUUUUGGCUCCGGGUCACACUCCGGAUUGCGUCAAGGAGUUUUACCCGUUUGACUUUGACCGAACCGUUAGUUACAGCGCUCACUUCAAGCCGAUCUUGGCCGUUCAGGUCACCGAGCUCGCUGACGGCGUUUUCGUCGGCUGCGCCGUGUGCCACUCCGUCGUGGACGGCACGUCGUUUUGGAAUUUCUUCAACUCCUUCGCCGAACUCUGCCGUGGAGCGAGCAAAAUCAACAAACGACCAGACUUCACCAGAGACUGUGCUUUGAUUUCCUCCUCCGUGUUAAAAUUACCCGAAGGCGGACCGGAAGUAACCUUCGACGUUAACCAACCGUUACUCGAGAGAGUUUUCAGCUUCAGCAGAGAAGCAAUUCAGAAACUCAAGGCAACAACGAACAAGAAACGGAGCAGCGAAAACGGAGACAUUAACGCCGUCGAGUUAAUGGGGAAGCUGAGUAACGACACGUACCUGAAAAGCUGGCUGAGUAGUAAUAAUAAUAACAACAACAACAACAACAGAAACAAUCAAAACGACAAAAAAACCGGCGAGAUUUCGUCGUUUCAGUCCCUCUGCGCGCUGCUGUGGCGAGCAGUGACACGUGCGAGGAAGCUGCCCAGUCAGAAAACGACGACGUUUAAGAUGGCGGUGAAUGUUCGGCACAGGUUAGAGCCGAAGCUGGACGCGUAUUACUUCGGGAACGCAAUUCAAAGCAUAGUAACUCAUGCGUCAGCGGGUGACGUGUCGUCUAGGGAUCCACGUUGGAUCGCGGAGCGGCUGAGUGUAAACGUGAAGGCUCACAACGACACGAUGGUGCGUCGUUUUGUUGGGGAUUGGGAGAGCAACCCCAAGUGUUUCCCAUUGGGGAACUUCGACGGUGCAACCAUCACGAUGGGCAGCUCGCCCAGAUUUCCAAUGUACGACAAUGAUUUCGGGUGGGGCCGACCUUUGGCUGUUAGGAGCGGUGGGGCUAACAAAUUCGACGGUAAGAUCUCUGCCUUUCCUGGAAGAGAAGGCACCGGAACCGUCGAUUUAGAAGUGGUUUUGAAUCCCCAAACAAUGCUUGCACUUGAGUCCGAUUCCGAGUUCAUGCAAUACGUGUCCAGUUAAAAAAGGAAAAAGAGAAGAAGAAGGAAAAUCAAAAUCACACAUGUUUAAUAGAGAGAUGCUACG